UUUGUGAAAGAAAAAGGACAAAUUUCUCUGGCAUUUCCCGAUUUCUCCCGGUAGAACAAGCGAUAUCCACUAUGGCAACCAUCGCCGCCGCCGCCGCUCGCUGCAGCUCCCCAACCCGCCGUCAGCUCCUCACCCGCCGCCGCCUCCCGUUCUCAGUUUCCUUCUCCGCCGCGCCGCACGCCGCCACGGCGGGCUUCGGCUGGGCCGACGCCUUCCGCGUCGCCGGCGACGGCGGGCGCGGCGACGAGUCCGAUCUCUCCGGGUACCUCCGGAAGGUCGACACCUGCAACCGGGGAAUGGACAAAAAGGGGGAGUUUGUGAAGUUCCUGGUGGAGGAUCAAGUCGUGGGAUAUGUCAACAAGGGAUUUGUCAAGCACCUCAGAGACUUCCAUGAUGUUUUUACAAUCCCGGGCGAUAAUAGCAGCAACACUGUGGAAAAUGUGUCUCUCCGGUCAUCACUUAGGACGCCAGAGGACAGAACACAUGCAAUUGGAGAAGUCAUAAAAAGUCUCGGUGAAAUGAUUCCAGGUAUUCGGAAUGAGCUCUACCCAGUAACAUCAUCUUAUGGCAUGCCUGUGUACUUCUCUCUUGAACGUGCUGCUGCUCCCUACUUUAGUAUAAAGGCUUACGGAGUUCAUAUGAAUGGGUAUGUUGAGAAAGAUGGCCAGAAAUUUCUUUGGAUUGGUAAAAGAAGUGAUGUGAAGCAAACAUAUCCAGGAAUGCUCGACCAUCUUGUUGCUGGUGGCUUGCUCCACUUGGAAACUUUUAGCCAUAUGGAAUCUCCUGCAAAGAGAACAUCAUCAAGGAAUGUGAAGAGGAAGCUGGAAUUCCAAGAUCCAUAUGAACCAAUGCUAUUUCUGUUGGAGCGGUUUCUUACAUGGAUAUUGAAGGCUUUAGAUACAAAAGGGAUGUCCUCUUCUGCUAUGACCUCAAACUUCCUGAAGAUUUUGUUCCUAAUAAUGAAGAUGGAGAGGUCGAUAGCUUCAGAUUAAUCCCUGUGCCACAUGCUGCGAACAUUAUCCGAAGGACCGAAUUUUUCAAGCCAAAUUGCAACCUUGUGAUCAUCGACUUCCUCUUCCGUCAUGGGUACAUACACCCAGAUUCUCGUGGCUACCUAAAUCUGCUGCAAAGCUUGAGGAGUGGUGAUUGUUCUUAGUUGCCAUUUGCUAUUAAAGUUUUUAUUGACAAUUCAUUUUUAUGAAAUAAAAGAAAAUCAUUGAGUAGGCUGGAAAGAUAGCCGAUCAUAGUGAAAACUAUUCAUUUACUUCAAUGUCAAUCUCACGGCGAACAGGGCAUUAUCUUCAGAUUUCUGUUGACUAGGAUUAGCAACAGAUUAGCUAAGGGGACAAAAUAAGGAAGAAAUGGUGCUGGCUAAGGAACUCUUGUUAUUCAGUUGUCUGGAUAUUUUUGCUUAGUUCCAGUACUUACAUAUAGAGAUUGUGAAACUUGUUAAAGAUUGUCCGCAGUUACUCAAAAUGUAUCAAUAUGUUGACAGCUGGAGGUUCUAUGCUCUGUUGUAAGUCUAAUUAAUUCAUCAAGGCAAAAUAGACAUUUUGGUUCCUCAA